UCAGUAAAGUGUGUGUUAUUUUGAGCAUACUCCACGGCAUCCUUUCUCAUUAUACAUGGUCAACGAGACAUUUAGAACAUGUUUAAAUCAGCAUGACAGCACACACACAUAUAUACACACACACACACACACACGCAGCAGUGCCACAUCAGAGCCACAGAGAGGCAGACAGCAUCCCCCCCAGCUGUGUUUUUCUCGCCGUGUGUGGAGAUUUUAGGACAUCAAGUUUCCACAUGAGGGACUUUCAGGAUCCCGAAAGCUGAGUCGGAGGUGAAACUGUGUGUUGAUAACGCUGUGUGUCCAGCGGGUCAUUGACCUGACGGGACCAGGUUCACACUGAGACCUGCAGCGCUGAAACUAACCCCAGCAGAGGAUCAGACCAGACGGGACCAGGUUCACACUGAGACCAAAACCACUUCACAUCAGCCACCAAAUCUGAGCCCACGGUGUCUCCUGGUGUCUCCCAGUGUCUCUCGGUGUCUCCCAGCAUGUCGCCGGGCCUGCAGAUCGUGGGUCUGAUCCUGGGCGUGGUGUCCUGGUGUCUCCAGUCCAGCUGCACGUCGUCCCAGGUGUGGAAGACGCGGAGCCAGGUGGAGUCGGUGAGCAGCAGCCAGUGGCAGUUCGAGGGUCUGUGGAUGAGCUGCGCCGCCACGUCGCUCGGCUCCGUGCAGUGCAGCAAGUUCAAGACGGUGCUGGGCCUGCCGGCCCACCUGCAGGUGUGCCGGGCUCUGAUGAUCCUGUCUCUGCUGCUCGGGCUCGCCUCCAUCAUCGUCACCGUUCUGGGACUCCGCUGCACCAAGAUCGGCCGGACCUCGGAGCGCGCCAAGGACCAGAUCGCCCUGACCGGAGGAGUCCUCUUCAUCCUCUCUGGUGUCUCCACUCUGACGGCCGUGUCCUGGUACGCCGGCAGAGUCAUCCACGAAUUCUACGACCGCUUGUACGGCGGAGUCAGGUUUGAGCUGGGUACUGGUCUGUAUCUGGGCUGGGCGGCCUCCUGUCUGGCCAUCCUGGGAGGAUCCAUGCUCUGCUGCUCCUGCAGGAAGACUGCCCCCCCCGCACGCCAGUUCUCCUACCACCUCUCCACGACCAGCCAGGGUCAGAAGAUCUACCGAGCGGCGCCGGCCUCGGACAGCGACAUCGCCAAAGCUUACGUCUAGACCCGCCUGACGUCACCACACGAUCUCAUUCAGGGGCCGAGAAACCCCCCAAACCUGUUGUCUCUGAAUGCAACAUGUCACGUUGGUGUUUUACACCCCUGUGUUGUGUCCAAUCAGCACUUUUUCAAUGUUUUCGUCUCUUUUAUCGACAUUUUUGGCUGUUUUUUCAAAGUUUUGGGCUCUUUUUUCAAUGUUUUUCACUCUUUUUUCACGUUUAAUGCAUCCUUUCACUACUAUUGCUUUGAGUGUCUAUGAUAAAGCGCUAUAUAAAUGUAAUAAAAUAAUAUUGUAUGUAUAAACACCACUAACACCAACUUAUUACUACUUUUACACUUAUUUUGAGGAAUUCAUGGUCAAUAAACCUCAUUUUUAGGAAAUAAUACCUAAUUCUUGAGUUAAAAAAGCAGAAAUUAUGAAUGAUUUAGACUCAUAUUAAAGGAAAGAUUACAGAAAGGUUAAUGUCAACGUUCAAGUCAAGUCAAAUUUAAAAUGCUAAUUUAAAAGAACUAAAAAACCCAAAAGUCAAUGAAACUAGAGACAAAAUCGUUUAUUGUACUUGUGAAGCACGAUGUGUGGAAUCAUCCAAAUUAGUACUUAAAAAGAAACCCAUAUAUUCUUUUUUUUU